AAAGAUGCAAAGCGUUCUGUUCCUUCAGAUUUAUUAAACAUAUUUCUGCGAGCAGUUGGUAAAAAUGCACGGUUCAGCAGCAAUCGUCUGUUUGAUACAUUUUCUUAUUACAAUAAGUAUCAAAAGUAUAAAUUGUAAAGUGACGACAAAAAUCAUUGGAGGGAAAUCUGUGGACAUAAAAGAUCGACCAUUCAUGCUGUCUCUGCAUAAUUCCGAAGGAUUCGUGUGUGGUGCGAGUAUCCUUUCCAGAAAUUGGGCUAUCACUGCUCUUCACUGUUUUCUUUCAGAGAGAACGUCGAAUUAUUUCGUUCGAGCUGGAUCGAACAAACCUUACGAAGGAGGAUCAUUGCACAGAGUGAUAAAAAUACACGUGUAUGAUAAUGCAAAAUAUUCAUAUUUAUUAUCGGGUGUGUUCUAUCACGACGUAGUUCUUUUCCAAGUGAAACCUCGUUUUCGUUUUUCAAAUACCGUCCAAGCAAUUGGACUUCCUGAUCAAUUUAAUAGAUCUCCUCGAAAAUUGUAUGUCUGUGGUUGGGGUUACACCUCUUUACAAAAUAACCCAAGGAUCAGUGAUGUUCUGAUGGGUGUAUUCGUUUCCCGCACACCACACGAAAUUUGCAUUAACGAGACUCCAGAAUAUGAAGCAAUAAUUAACAAAGAAUAUCAUCUUUGUUACGGUACACGAGGAAAGGACUCUUGCUAUGGGGACUCGGGAGGACCAUUGGCAAGUAGAAACACCCUUUAUGGUGUUGUGUCUUUUGGUCAAGAUUGCGCUGUAGUGUCAGGUGUUUAUGAAAACGUGUCUUAUUAUCGAAACUGGAUCAAGGAAAUCACAAAUCUGUGA